AUGGAAAUUUAUUUUACUUAUACAUGUGGAAUUAUACUCAUACUUAUCCAAUCUGUCAGCUGUGCUGACAAACCUGAACAACGUGAUAUCACUAGUGAUACUGAUGAAGAUGACAACUUUGAGGUAACUGAAACCACUGUACAAUUUCCACCAGAACCUGAAGAAUCAGAUGAUGUACUUCCAUCUGAAGUGGAUAAACGAGUUAAAACAAGUGAAGCAAUAAAAUUAUAUGGGAAAAAUCCCGAAGGUAAGUUAGUGGAAAUGGCGUCAGAUGAUUAUAAAAUGAUAUGGUGUGGUCCGAAAGUGGUCAAGUAUAAAUUCAGGGGAAAACUUGAAGAGUUAAUUUGUGACGGUAUAACAGCUUACAAACAUAUACCUGGGAAAAAUUAUUGUAAAUACUUGACCUAUUAUAAACUUAGAAAUGUCCUAAUCUUCGAACGUCAGGAUGGAUUUUUAUUCAUUAGAAAGGAUAAAAACACGUGGAGAGUAAAUCCACGCAAAUUUCCAGACUACGUUAAAAUGUGCAGAAAAGACUCAAAAGGUAAAGAAGUUGAGAUAACUGAUAAGGAUUAUUAUCUUAAUCUCACCUAUGAAGGCUCUUUUAAAUAUAAAUUCAUGCCAGGUGUUAAGUGCAUUAAAAUUAUGAUUGAUAAAGAUUUAAUUUGGCAAAGAAAGCCCAGUGACGAUUAUCCUAAAGGAAUUUUUAUUAACCUUAAGAGGGAAAUUACAGUUUACUUUCGUAACUGUUAUCUUUUAUUUCAGAAAAGAAAAGGACGAUAUAAAAGAUUCACCAAACUAAUGAAGUAACUCUAAAUGGAUUACCAUAUUAUCAUAAACACUGUAAAUACAGUCGAGCAAAGUUGUU